AUGACAAAGGCGACCCAAACCCUAGCACUCGGCGGCGACGUGGGCUCCCAUAGAAACCAUGGCCUCGAUGUCGUGAAGUCCUCAUCGCCGGAUCUACAUCGCGCGGCGGUGAUGGUGGAGACACGCUCUUUGUGCGGCGGCGACGAUGCCAUGAGGAGUGCCUGCACGACAGAUUCAAGGCAGGAGAUCCCGGCAGGGCAACCUGGCUGCAAAGACACUGAAAUUCCUUUAGAGCCUAUGAUUGAGGAGGCUGAGCCUGAUGAUGUGCUAGGCUCAGAUGAGGAGGAUGAGAGGAUGUUUCCAGAUCUUGUGCAGAAGACAAAUGAAGAGAUAGAUGAGGAUUUUAUUCCUGCUGAGUUUUCAGAUACAGAUUCAGAGGAGGAACAAGAGAACAUUGACAUGGGACAUUUUGAGAAUGAUGAUGAGGACAGGCCUGAGAUGAUGUAUGACAGGGAAAAUCCUAGUUUAGCUGAAGGAGUUGUUUUUCCUUCUGCCGUUGACUGCAGGAAUGCAGUUGCCACAUUCUCAAUUCAGCAUGAAGUAGAGUUCAAAAUAGAGAAGAGUGAUCCAUCAAGGUUCACUGUUUAUUGUGCAUUUCCAAGGUGUAGAUGGAGGCUACAUGCCUCUUUAAUGAGAAAUAGUACUUUGUUUCAGAUUAAAGUAAAUCCUUAUGAGCACCACUGCCCAAGUGUGAACAGAACUAAGAGGCUCAAAGCAGCCAAGAGGAGGUGGAUAGCUGAUGCUGUGCAAAAUUGGGUCAGAGAAAACUCCAACAUUGGUCCUGGUGAGUUGGUAACAAAUUUGAAGAAAAAAUAUGGUAUAGAAUUGCCAUACAUGAGAGUGUUUUAUGGUAAACAAAUGGCAAUUGACAACUUGUAUGGUAAAUAUGAGGAUAGUUUUCAGCUUUUGUACACAUUCAAAGCUGAGGUUGAGAGGGCUUCUCCAGGUAGUGUAGUAGAAAUUGACACACACACAGUUCCUUUCCAGCUAAGAGGAAAGAGGUAUGAGAAGCAGUGUUUUAGGAGAGUUUUUGUCAGUUUCAAAGCUUGCUGGCAGGGAUUUUUAGCUGGUUGUAGGCCCUACCUUGCUGUUGAUGCUACUGCACUAAAUGGUAGGUUCAGAGGUCAGUUGGUUGCUGCAUGUGCAAUUGAUGCACAUAACUGGAUUUUUCCAGUUGCAUAUGGUGUUUUGGAGACUGAGUCUAAAGAGAGCUGGGGUUGGUUUUUCCAAAAUUUGAAGAAGGUGAUAGGUCAUCCUGAAGGACUAGUAAUUCAUACUGAUGCAUGCAAGGGUCUUAAGACAGCUGUAGAUGGCAUUUACCCUGGGGUAGAGCACAGAGAGUGCAUGAGACAUCUGGCUCAGAAUUUUUCUAAGAAAUCCAGGGGGAAGUUCUAUGACCAGCAUUUGUGGCCUUGUUCAUUGACUUAUAGUAUUAAGAAGCACAACUAUCACCUGAGACAGGUGUUCACAAAACCCAAGGUGUAG